AUGUCUACCUCUAAACCUAGCAAGAAACUUACAGCACCUAGCGAUGCCAAUCGUAGCAAAAAUGCAUCAUUCACGAGAGGAAGUAAAAUUGGAAGCAGGAAUCCAACAUUUGCCAGUAUACAUAGUAAUAUUAUCUCUUCUGUUAGUAAGAAACAUGCUGCAGGAGGAACUGAGAGGUCAUCAAUGAUGAAACAAGUUGUUCAGAUUCUUGAUGAAUUUGGAAAUGAUGUUACACCUCUGCCCCUGCUUCAUGUGGAUCCCAGCUUGAUGAAGAAAAAUCAGGCCAAUGUUUUAGCAGAUGGAUCAGUAGGAACUCCAACAGACUUAAUGUCCCAAACCACAGCUUCAGUAUAUGGUGCUACACAGGUUGGGACAACUGGGACAAGCAUUUUUGGCGGAGGACCCUUUACCAGAUCAGUUUUUACGCAGUCAUAUGAUACUGCCUCAGACUCUCUUCCUCUUGAUGAGUUUGGACCAGCAGAAGUUACUACAUUUUCAGAGGUUCGCCACAAGCGACAGGAAAUACAGGAAGUGCCAACAGAGGCAGAUUUGGAUAAAAUAGUCGACAUAACUCUGACAGAAACUGACACCAUAUGGAUGUUUGAUUUGCCAGACACCAAAGUGUCCACAGAGAGUGCUGAAGCCGAGAAAGUAAUCAGUGGAAUUAGAGCUUAUACAGAGCUCCAGAAAAGUCGUGUUGGUAAUGAUCUGUAUGCAGAGCGUGGUAUGAACACUUUCAAUGAACCUCUUAAGCUGAAGAGUGUUCAUACACAAAAGAUAGAAACACAGGAAGUGGCAGCAGAAUGUACAAACUGGGACAUGUAUGAUACAUUUAAAGUGUUUGAAAAAGAGGAAACAGAAGAGGACGAUGAUGAAGAUGAGGAGGGCACAAUAAGCAGACCAACUAGUCCUAAAGAAGAGGAGGCUGAAACAGUAGAUAAUGUUCCAUCAGCAAUCAGUGCAAAAAGAGAGUCAGCUGUACAUGCUGUUAGCAGAGGUGGUUCAGCCUUUCAACAGUGCAGUUCAUCAACUAUUGUUGGAUCUGAAAUUCAGUCUUCACUGGACACAGCUAUAGAACUCAGUGAAAAAGAUAAACUUGCUCAGGAAUGGGAAGAACUGUCAAAGUCAGAACAGCUGAAAAAUCAUCUUUUCCUGCUGGAGAGAGUGAUAUGCCUGAAUACCUUCCAAAACAAACAAGCCCAGUAUCGUGGGUUCAAGCCUGUACUUACAAGUGUUGGUGACCCUUCCAUAACUCAAAACUUGGAUAUGAGCCCAAACCUUGAACGAUUAUGGUCAUACGACUGUCCUUUGACUCGAGGCAAAAAUGUCAGUUGCAUUGCCUGGAAUAAAUCAAAUCUGGAUCUGCUUGCUGUAGGCUAUGGUCAGUUUGAAUUCACCAAUCAAAAGCCUGGAUUAGUCUGCUGCUGGUGCAUCAAAAACCCUAAGUACCCAGAAAGAGUUUUUACAUCAAAGCAGGGAGUGACAGCAGUUGAUUUCUCUGCCUCAAAUCCUAACCUGUUGGCUGUUGGCUACUAUGAUGGUGGUAUUGCUAUAUACAAUGUCCGCAAGUCAGUGGAUGAACCAGUGUUGGACAACUUUGCCACACCAGGUAAACAUUCAGGUCCAGUCUGGCAGCUGAGAUGGGUUGAGAAGGAAAGAGGCUCAGGUGAAGAGAGGGUUCAUGUACUAAUUUCCAUUUCAUCUGAUGGGCGUGUAUGUCAAUGGUCCAUACGGAAAGGACUUGAAAGUUAUGAUGUGAUGAAACUAAAGAAGAUGCCCACAAGAAUGGCAGGUAAAACAAGGGAAAAGAAAGGGGAAGCAUUUGUCUCUCGAUUUGCAGGCGGGAUGUGUUUUGACUUUCAUAUCAAAGACUCAAAUAUAUAUCUAGCAGGCACAGAGGAAGGCUACAUUCACAAGUGCUCCUGCUCUCACAAUGAACAAUACCUAGAAAGUUAUCAAGGUCACACGGGCCCUGUGUAUUCAAUCCAGUGGUCACCAUUUGUGUCUGACAUAUUUCUGAGCUGUAGCGCUGAUUGGACCAUGAAGCUGUGGCACCAGGACAAAACACGACCAAUCCUCUCAUUCCAUUCAAGCACAAAAGCUGUAAAUGAUAUUUGUUGGUCGCCGUGGUCUUCCACUGUGUUUGCCUGUGUGAAUGAAGGAGCUGUUGAGGUCUGGAACCUGGCCAGCAGCACGUUGGAUGCAGUAUAUUGCCUGUCCUCAAUGUCAGGAGCUAAGCAGACAAGUGUUUCUUUCAGUCAGAAUGCUCAGUGUCUACUUGUUGGUGACAGUGAAGGACAGGUGACAGUAUAUGAGCUGCGUAAUGUACCAGCGAUACCUAAAGAAAAGCAGGAACAGAAUUUGAGAGAUGUAAUCAAAGCGUCCCUCGCUAGCCAGCUGCCUGGUUAUUUAUGA